ACGAGAGGAUAAGGAUAGAAGAAAAGGUCUUAAUCAACUGUCUGCAGUCCGAGGCGAUGCAAGCGGUUCUACUCGCCAAUGGUGGUCUCCGCUCUAUACUGCACGUCUUCUUUCCGGCGAAAUCUUUAAUACAAGAAAAGGAUUGCAGAUUUAUCUCUGCACUUCCUCUCCGCCGAGGGCAACUCCAAUGGCCGAAUUCAACCAUCAUCAGAUCAGAAGGAAGCAGAAGAAGGCGUCCUCAGCAGCGCAGCGUUUCCUCGGAUAAGCCCAGAGAAGGAGGAAGCGAGGAAUUGAAGCGGAGAUCCAAAUCUCCAGAUAACAAAGAGAUACUUGCAUUGUUUAGGAGGAUUCAAUCUUCCAUCUCAAAGGAGGGAGAAGCUAAAGUUCCGAGAAGAAGGAAUGAGAUUACUGAUUCCGAUUCUCCCCAGCGCAAUCCAUCCAGAGGAAGAACCAAUGAGAAGGGAAGAAGAAGGGGAAGCGGACUAGAAGACGCUGCUGCGGUGGAGGAGGAUUCAAAAACUCAGAGGCCUUUGUCGAAAUUUGUAAGGAGGUCACCUAUUCCAAUAUCGUUGCCAUCUGAUGAACAGAGUUUAUUGAAUAAGGAAGAUGAGCUGGAGAAAGCACAGAAAUUAGAGGGAACAGAAGAAAAUAAGGCUGGUUCUGAGGUGUUUGAAAUGGAAAAGAUUGAUGAUAUGAAAGUUUCAGAGCUGAAAGAACUUGCAAGGGGAAAAGGGAUUAAGGGUUUUUCAAAGCUGAAGAAGGGAGAGCUAUUGCAAUUGCUGAAGGAGAGAUUAAAACCUGUUUCUUGAUUAAAUUGGACUGUUGAAGAAGUAGUGGUGAACUUUUCUGUUGGGAAUUUUAACUGUGUUUUUGCUGAGUGAUUCUAACGUGUUGUGUAUUGCUGAUCAACGAGGAACUUGUGUUGAGCUCAUUUCUGGUGUACCCUUGAUGCCAUUAGUGACUACUUUCUAUGUACUGAAUCUACUGAUUGAGCUGAGUGGCUUCUAAAUUAUAAUGUAGAUGAAUUGACUUUUAGAGA